UUUGUUAGGGGAAGAAAGAGCUUGGUAGAAUUAGAAAUGAAGUCAAGAGUAGGGAGUCAAGGGUCAUUGGAGGAGGGUAAAGAUUCUGCUACUAAGGUGGUAACUCAGUAUAAGCCUUUAUCAAUAAGGUUACUUCAGUUUCUGUUGUUAUUUUUGGGUAUUGGUAUUGUAUUUUCAUUGCUUAGUAUGUGUAUGGUUCGGUAUUCAGUAAUGCAGAAUGUAAUUCCUAUGGUACAAUCAAGAUUUCAGCCCUGUUUUCAACAACUUAGUUUGGAGAGUUGGAUUAGGCCACCGUCGAGUCUGUUGCAUUCAAUGAAUGACACACAGUUGUUUUGGCGAGCUUCAAUUGUUCCUCAAAUCAAAGAAUAUCCGUUUAAUAGAACGCGUAAGAUUGCGUUCAUGUUCUUGACUAGAGGGCCUAUACCUUUGGCGCCGUUGUGGGAGAGGUUUUUCAAGGGGAAUGAGAAGCUUUAUUCAAUCUACAUACAUUCAUUGCCAUCAUACAAACCUGAUUUCCCACCUUCAUCAGUAUUUCAAGGCAGGCAAGUUCCUAGUCAGGAGGCGAAGUGGGGAAGAAUGAGCAUGUGUGAUGCUGAAAGACGGCUUCUUGCUAAUGCACUGCUUGAUAUCUCCAACGAAUGGUUUAUCCUCCUAUCUGAGGCAUGCAUUCCUCUCCAUAACUUCAAAGCUAUCUAUCACUACAUAUCAAAAUCGAGGUACAGCUUUAUGGGUGCAGUCGACGAACCUGGACCUUUUGGAAGAGGGCGUUACAAUCCAAAUAUGGCACCUGAGGUUAACAUCACUGAUUGGCGUAAAGGAUCCCAGUGGUUUGAAGUUAACAGGAAACUGGCUGUUGACAUUGUUAAAGAUGAAGUAUACCACCCUAAGUUUGAGCAGUUCUGCAGACCGGCAUGUUAUGUAGAUGAGCACUAUUUUCCAACUAUGCUAACCAUAGAAUCUCCUCGCCUCCUGGCUAACCGGACUCUCACUUGGGUGGACUGGUCCAGAGGUGGUGCUCAUCCUGCUACAUUUGGGAAGGCCGAUAUUAAUGAUCAAUUUUUCAAGAGAAUUUCUGAAAGCCCAACAUGUGUAUACAAUAACCAGCCAACUUCACUUUGUUACCUUUUUGCCAGAAAAUUUGCUCCUAGUGCGUUGGGUCCUUUAUUAGAACAUUCUACUAAGUUUUUGGGCUUCUGAAAUUCAAAAACAUUUGUUAUAAAAUAUGAGCAGGAAUCCAUAUAGGAAAUUUCCUAGCUAAUUAGAUCUGGUGAUCAAGCAAGUGUCAUGCUUGCUAUUAGAUAAUUCAAAUAUAUAGAAUGCGAUGCAUGAUCUGAUAUGCUCAGUGUACUCUCUUCUAUUAUCAUAUUGUAUUGUUGCUGUUGAUUUUUAGACUU